CAGAGACUCUCAGAGUUAGAGAUUCAGGGUCUGAGGAUCUUUCUGUUGUAUGGUCUUGUCAUUAACGGAAAGCAGCGAGAGUGGAAGGUUGUGGAGCUCUUCUCAUCUUUGUGCAUGCCGUGCCGGAUUCAGUGAUGAGAGGGUCCCAACAACAGUGAGACCCACAGCACUCAUGCUUUCUCUCUCCCCUCCACUUCAACCUCUAUAAACUACACUCACUGCUCUCCUUUGGAUUAUUGUUUUUUUUAUAUGGUAACAAUCAUGUGGAGGAUUGAAAUAAGAAUCUGCUCGGAGGAUUAACUUUGCAACUUUUUCUUGAUGGACGUUCUGCAAUUUUCUUCAGCUUGAAUAAUGACUUUGUGCUGGAGUAGAAGCAUCUGGUUUCCAGUGGUGUUUGGCGCUGUGCUGGUUGCUCUUACUGCUGCUAAUGCUGGACCAAAACAGGACAGGAGGCCGGCUGGAUCGUCAUCAUGCUUCGGAGGCUUUGAUCUCUACUUUGUUUUGGACAAAUCUGGGAGUGUGCAGAAUCACUGGACAGAAAUCUACAACUUUGUUGAACAUCUAGCUCAUAAAUUCAUAAGUCCACAGCUGCGGAUGUCCUUCAUUGUGUUCUCCACCGAGGGAAGGAUCUUAAUGAGCCUGACAGAAGACAGGGAACGCAUUCGUAAAGGUCUGGAGGAGCUCUACAGGGUUCUUCCAGGGGGGGACACCUUCAUGCAUGAGGGCAUCCUGAGGGCCAGUGAGCAGAUAUACUAUGGAAACACUGAAGGUUAUCGCACCGCCAGUGUUAUCAUAGCUCUGACGGAUGGUGAGCUGCACGAGGAUCUUUUCUACUACGCUGAGAGAGAGGCCAACCGCUCCAGAAGUCUGGGUGCCUCUGUUUACUGUGUGGGGGUGAAGGACUUCAAUGAGACACAGCUGGCAAAUAUAGCUGAUAGUAAGGACCAUGUCUUCCCAGUAAACGAUGGAUUUGAGGCCUUGCAAGGGGUCAUCGACUCGAUCCUGAAGAAGUCCUGUAUCGAGAUCCUGGCGGCAGAGCCCUCUAGUAUCUGUGCAGGAGAGUCCUUCCAAGUGGUGGUGAGAGGAAAUGGAUUCCUCCACGCCCGCAGCGUCGAUAAGGUCCUGUGCAGCUUCCGCAUCAACGACACCCUCACUAAGAUGGUUAAGCCUUUGAUUGUUGAAGAUACAUAUCUUCUCUGCCCUGCACCAGUACUUCAAGAGGAGGGGAUGGCAGCAAACCUUUAUGUCAGUAUGAAUGAAGGUCUCAGUUUCAUCUCCAGUUCAGUUACCAUUUCCACUGUGGGCUGUUCUGAUGGGACCAUCCUGGCCAUAGCUCUGCUCAUCCUGAUGCUGCUCCUGGUCUUGGCUCUCCUCUGGUGGUUCUGGCCUCUCUGCUGCACUGUGAUCAUCCAUGAACCCCCACCACCAGCUCUGGAGGAGAGUUCGGAUGAUGAAGACUUUGAAGGCCCUAAGAAGAAAUGGCCGACUGUAGACGCCUCCUACUACGGAGGAAGAGGAGUUGGAGGAAUCAAAAGGAUGGAGGUCCGCUGGGGUGAGAAAGGCUCCACCGAAGAAGGAGCAAAGCUGGAAAAGGCCAAAAAUGCCAAAGUGAAGAUGCCUGAACAGGACUAUGUGGAGGCCCCCACACGCAUUCUCAACAACGGCAUGCACAAACCCUCGGGGUCACGCAAGUGGUACUCACCCAUCAAGAGCAAACUGGAUGCAUUGUGGGUACUUUUAAGAAAAGGCUACGACCGUGUGUCUGUAAUGAGACCUCAUCCAGGUGACAAGGGCAGAUGCAUGAACUUCACCCGCAUAAAGUCUCCCUCUCCUCAUUACCCACACUACAACCAUCACUCAUCUCCCAUCUACAACCCUCCCAGCAGGACUCCACCUCCACCGCAGGGCACCCUCCCCCCUCCCCCAAGCAGCCCUCCAUCAUCUCCAACGUUCUCCUCCCCCACCCUUCCACUACUGCCUCCAACACCUCCUUCCACCUCCACCACUCCUCCCAUUUCACCUCCCCCUUACACGCCACCUCCCACCCGGGCUCUUCCUCCGACCACCCUGCAGAUACCUGACCCUCCGGUGCUCCCACCCACCCCUCCACCCUCUGCCUCCCCGACUAGUUCCCUGCCUCCUCUUCCACAGGGACCUCCUGCGGGGCGAGCCCCUCCACCUGCCCGCCCACCACCUCGCCCUGGCCCGUAGAGCUCCGGGAGCAGACGGGAGAGAGUUUAACAGAAUUUAAAAGGCAACCCAGAGUCCCACCAACGAUCAGCACAUGACCAUCCUUGAUUGUACCUGCGAGUGCCUUGUGCCACACUCAGUGGGCUGUGGUCUUUCUGCCUUGUGAAGUGGACCAGUGAGGACUUGUUUUCCGCUAUUUGUCUACUGUGACUUUUGUACACAUUUAGCCCAACAGUGCAAUUGCUCGGAUACUUGAAUUACACCAACAUUCCCUACAAAUGAGGUCAUGCAGGCCGGCUCUAAAUUAUUUUCCUCCUUGGUCCUCAGAGCUGCUUCAGGCCCUGUGGUCACUUCCAUGAAUACGCAAGAUUAGACGAAUCCUCAACAGCUUGAACUAAUGCCUCUUCUCAAGGAGCACAGUCACGUUCAAAAUGAUCGAGACACUAAAAUAUGUGCCUGUGUUACAUUUCCAGAAAAGAGAUAAAAGACUCAUGUUGCAAAUGUUCCACAAACAACAGAUUUAGGAUGAUUUAGAAGAAUCUGAAAAUCCCAAUUUUUGUAUUCUUGAAUGUUGAGCAAUUGCAUGCAAGUGUUUGACUUUUUGUAACAUUUCUACCUUGUUUUAUACAACAUAAAUGCAUUUUGUACUUACCACAUUUUCCAUUUUUGAGGUUAAAAAAACCCAGUAAUUGCUGAUAAACACAUAUACACUAAGCGUAUUGACACAGCAAUGCAACAUACGUAUCUGAACUUGUUCUUGCAACUUUUGUCUUGAGUGCCAUAUUAACCGGCUUUAUGAGAGUCACAGCUGGCCUAAUCUUUGUGCACAUCAGAGUAGACAUGUUUUUUAUGCCCUAUUACUAUAACUGACCUGACCAAGAUGACUGAAAUCACAGCAUAUGCUAUGUCUGUCAAUAUGUGUACGAAAAUAUGUCAGUCAGGGAAAAGCUUUGCACAUCGUCUUGCUCAUCCACCUGCUCAUCCACCCACGGCCUCUAGCAAAAGGGUUUUAUGUAAAUAAUCAUUUUGAUAUAACCAUGUGUGUUCAGAUAUCUGGGAGUGUGUGUCAAAAAGAAAGAGACUAUUCGUGACAGCCUGUUUAAUCAACUUAAACAAAAUGAUCUGGCUUCUUUUGCACAUGGUGCUUCCAGUUCCUCAAAGCAUGGGAGAUAACAAAAGCAUGCUGUUUCAUGGGUCAUAUACAGUUCAGUAUAUGGAAUUUAAGGUUAAUAUGAAGCCGUUCCUUGAUGGUGACGGUCUCAGCAGAUUGCAAGCUCAUCUUUCACUCCGAGAGUCUUAUAUAAAUGUCAUGGCAAAACUGAAAAGCCCGAAUGUAACUUUCCACCAAUACAGUAGAGCAUGUACACACCUUUGUUGGUUUCAUUCAAAAUGAAAGUAAACAAUCAAAAUGUAUUGAAUAGGAUUUUUAUUUUAUUUGUCUUCAUGUAUUGUUCUUCAAAUGCAAUUACUGACCAGUAAACCAGCCUGAUUUACUUCUUGACAAUGUGAUAACAGCCACAGUGCUCUCUAACAGUGCUCCUCCUUUUCAAAACUAACGAAUGUCUCCCACAUUCCAUUUAUCCUUCAGAUAAGAUAUCGCAAUAUUCUGUAACACUUAUUGCAAUUUUUAAUUCCAUUUUCUUUUAUUUCACAAUAAGUUAGACGGUUGAAAUUGCCACUGGGAUCACCAGGUUCACACAGUGGUUAUUUGCAAAAAGCACAGAGCACCUCCCUGUGAUAGAAAAAAAAGAAGAAAAGGAUAUGCAAAGCAUGGCCAACUAAUCCCAGAUGUUCAUAUGUUGCAUUAUGUCACAUGCACGAAUGGAGUGAGCUAUCUAGGAAAAUAUUAGACACCAUCUAAUCCUCAGGAAAUGUGGACAGGCUGCAGGAAAGGUGUCCUGGUGCUAAUAAUUUGGGGACAGACAAUGGACAAGUGACUUAACAUUUAAGGUUGACAGCAUGCAGGGACAUUUUUAUAUUGGGCUGUUUUCAGUUAAUUUUUCUUAUUGCACAAACUAAAUGCAAGAUGUCAUCGAGUCUGUUGCCAGCUUUUGUUUGCACUCUAUCUUAAGAAUUACUGCACAGAUGUCUAAAAUAUACUAUACAAACAUUACAUCACAGAUUAUAACUAUUGCACAGACAUAUGAUAAAAACCCAACAACAGUCCUUGGCGUUAUGUUGGGCGCAGUCUCCUUUUGUACAUUUUUUAGGAAGAAUUUGGUUUCUGUUAUAUGUUAAAAUCAGAGAUAAAUCCGAGACCUUAAUUUGCAACUGACAGUUUGUUGAACAGUUUUUUCUCCAGAAUUUGACUGCACCAUAAGUGAGGCCAGCUUUGCGUUAAACCAACAUUCACUAGUGUCUGGCCUACAGUCGGCCUGCAUGCUAGAAUAGAUUAUAAAAAAAACAACUCAUGUGUUCACUGAUAGUCAGGAAUCAAACUGAACUCCACCUGCUUAUCCAUUUCUAAAUAUGCAUCGAAAGGAGAGAGGCAUUAUUGCAGAUUCAAGCUUUCAAUUUAACUUUAAACCAUCAACAGGAGCAGGCAGGAUUUUUUUUUGUAUUAAAAGUAAAACAAAAAAGUAUGCAAUUUGGAAUGCAGCUAACAUCUAAUAAAUACCAGGUGUAUGACCAGCUGAUUGCUCAGUUGCAUUAAUUAGCCUACACUUCUUGUUGUAGGUCUACUAGAAAAAAAAUGGAGAGCAAAUCCUAAAAAGUGGUCCGUCAAAGGGAGGAAGAAACAUAACACAUUUGGUCCUCCCAUAGGCUGUUUUCAGAGCUGACAUUUGAGCUCGUCAUAGGAUGAAAAGCGCAGGCGUAAUCACACCAACAGUGGCUUUGAUCCACUUCAGGGUCACAGUUUUGUAACACGACAAUGGAGCCAUAUUUGGCGCUAUUCGUUACAAGUAAAACAAUUAAAACAAAAACAAUAUUCAAGCCAUGUCUCAACUAAUUAAGGUCACAGUGGUGAAAACACAUGCUACUAGUUAAGCAAUCACUCAGACACCAUAAAGCAGCUGUGCCGUGUCUGGACAUGCAGGUGAAGGACUUGACUGCAGCACAAAGCGCGUUACCUGAACUGCUACAGAUGACGCUUACUCUCGAUGCAAGACUACCCACAAAACUCCUUGUGAUUGGAGCAUGGAGGCUGUAUUUGCUCAGAGCUGUGGCUAUCUUCAGCAGUUACUCUGUUGCUGCACUUGAAGCCAUUGUUGUAGUUAGUCAGUGCAAUGAAAUCCUUCUGAGAAUUGCACUUGGUUUCACCAAGAGUAUAGCUUUUUACCUUUCAACCAUGCUGAGGCUCAAUGCAAUCCUCAGGCUCACGCUGGCAGGUGUGCUCUUCUCACGAGAGGGACCGGACCAACGUCGACACCCAAACGGCUCCACCUGUGCUUCAUCAGAGGCCUUCAGAAACAGCAGCUCCUCUCCUUUGUGCUUUGGAGGAAGAACUGUGAGGUGGCUGAUGUCAGCGCUGCACGCCGUGUCUGCACUCUGCCGCCGUUCACGGUCUGUUAGCGUGACCAUCUUGGCCCCGUCAAGUUGGUGCAGUAGCUUCAGAAUCACCGUCUCCACCAUUAUGACUUUGAUUGGAUGCGUCAGACCACUGCUGUCCACCUUACAGACGGUGACCGGUUACGCUAUACAAGUACUUGGAGCCGUCGGGGAUCCGUCAUCACUAAUAAGCAGACCCUGAAUCUUUCGUGAAUCUGGACUCUUUUAAUACAAUGUACAUGAAACUAACCAGAAAUUACAUUUUUAACAUCGUUAAGUCUGUAGCUGGAUUUCUACUACCCGUUUUUAUUCUAAUGAAAUAAAAUGCGACAUAUUUGAUGAUCAUGCACAAUGUUUGGCCAACUGUCAAUAUUUCUGGAUUUGUGCAUGCACACCCUGAACUCCUCACCAAAUGAGCUCGGACAAUAAAAAGAAGUUAUAUGACACUUUAUUGCAUCAGCUCCACUAAUACACUGUACAGUGCCCCACUCAACAGUAACUCAACAGAGGUUGCUAGGAUUCAGUGCAGCGUCCUUUGUUUAUGCCUCCAAUCAAA